AUGGAUACGGCCGAGCAGCCGGACGCGGCAAUACCGUCCACCUCGGGGAUUUGCUCCUCCUCCUCAUCGUCAUCCGCAAGUGGGCGCAAGCGCAAGCUGUCCAGCGAUGAGUGCACCAACGAGCAGCCCAACAUGAAGAUCCUGUCGGUGGAGCUGUCCGACAUCGAGCUGCAGGUAUCGCUGAUGGACCUGAGCGACGAGAUACUGAUGGAGAUCUUCCUGAAUCUGGACUCGGACUCGCUGAUUUCGCUGUCGGAGUGCUGCCUCCGGUUGAACAGCGUCAUCAAGGACAAGAAGCUGUGGGCCAAGGCGGAUUUUAGCUCGUCCCAGCUGGGCGCCCAGGAGUUGCUGCGGAAGAUCCAUCACCUGCGAGAGACAAAGUCGCUCAAGAUCCGAGGGUUGACGAGCGUGUACCCGUUGGACAAGUGGAAAACGCCAACGCUGACGGCGAACAUGCUGGCCCAGAUCAACAAGCGCUGCCCGGGGCUGGAACACUUUGAGAUCAUCGAGGGCUACAUGGACACGAACAACAUGGCGAUCAUUUCGUUUCCGCAGAGCAUCAAAACGCUGGUGUUCCGCAAGUGCGAAGCGGACCGCUCGAUGGCGUCGGAGAUUCGGAUGGGAUUCCUUUCGAAGAUUGACCGGACGCUGCAGAAGCUGGAGGAGCUUACCAUCGAGUACUGCAGCUGGUUCGAUACGCACGAUUUCAUGGCCUUGUCCAAGGUGCCACAUUUGCGAUAUCUCAGUCUGAAGGGUUGUGCCAACAUGAAGGAUAGCGUUCCGUACGCCAGCAUUGCCACACGGUUCGGGUUCAAGAAGUUGGAGACUCUGGACCUUCGCGACACGCCCAUCUCCGACUCGGACGUGAGCUGCUUCAACAUUGUUCAAUCGCUGAAGGAACUGCUCCUCGAAUGUCCCGAGUACUUGCGCACCGAGCGGGGUCUCAACGAGUACAACGAGGCCGAGCGGCAGCGCGUCGAACAGCUCAGACGAAUAGCAAACCAGGACAUCAUAAAUCCGCUGGCUCGUCGCCAAGAACCAGGCCAGGCCGGACCUGCCGGAGCAGGAGAAGGAGCAGCAGCAGCCAAUCAACAAGAGAAUGGCGCCGCCCAACAGGGAGAAGGAGACAACGCCGCGGAACCUGCCCCGCCACCGCGUCCUCCUCGUCCGCACUUUCUCGGCGAAGGUCGCAACGUGUUUCGCUUCGUCAAUCGGCACUUCUUCCCGAAUCUGCACGAAAACCCCGGCGAGAACAUUAUCCGCAUCAUAAACCGCGCCGAAAUGGACCCGCCGGCAGCCGCCGCCAAUCAGCCGGAACCGCAAGCCAACGGCCAGCAGGCCAACCAGGACCAGGACCAACAGCCACAACGACCGGCGGCACCUCCGCUAGCCCCACUGCCACCGCUGCCGGCGGACAACAACAACCAGGAGAUCCGGCAGCGCCACGUACGCAUCGUGUACAACAACCGCCGCAACAUCAUCCGCAUCAUCAACCACCUCGAGCGGAACAACAACGUCGAGGACAACAACAAUGACCAGCAGCAGCAGCAAAACGGCGCCGGCGGCGCUCAACAACCUCAGGGCGUUCUGCCACCGCCCGUGGAAGCGGCUUACCAGCAGAUCUUCGAGGCCGGCAAUCGGGACCGGGUAGAGAAUGGACCCGUCGCAGGACCCGCGGCGGCAGCACAAGAGCACGAACAGCAACCAGCGGCGGCCCCGUUGGUGAAUGGAGUUGCGGCGGAAAACAACGAGAAUGGAGCUGCGGAAGCAGCUGUGGUUAAUGGGGCUGCCGCUGAACAGGCUCCGGCCGCGGCUGCGAAUGACGGUGCUGUGGCGGGCCCGGCGCCUGCGGCACCCGAUGCACCGGAACCACCGGUGCCUCAGGAGGACAUGAACGUACGCGUGAUCCUGCAUGGCGCCAUCCAGAACAACCACCCGAGAAUCAUGCCGCACGUGAUCAUCGUGCGCGGCGUCGAGAACAACAACCCGGUCGCCGAGGUGGCCGACCAGAACCAGGCCCGCCCCGCGAACGCGUUCUACCAGUAUCUGAACCUUGGGCCGGGGGCGCCCGGCCCCAACUACGUGUCCCUGGUCAGCGAUCGUGGCAUCUGCGCGUACGGCGUCUCGCGGCACGAGCUCGGCGGUGCGGCCUUCAUCCGCGAGUACUUCCGGCCGAACCUGACCAGCCUGGAGCGGCUGCUGGUGCGCAACUACAAACUGGUCACGGACACCUCGCUGGACCAUCUCGAAUCGGCCGCGCCCAACCUGAAGCUGCUCGACGUGACCGGCACUUCGGUUACGGCCGAGGGCGUGCGCAACUUUAAGCUGGCACGGCCCAACUGUACAAUUUUGUCGGAUUUUGAGUAGAUUUUAAGUAACACACACACCCCAUCUAGUUGACUAACUAAAUAAUGAAGUAAUGGCUGGGUAGACUGUGCGAGUAUCUGAUUUUAGAGAGAGAGAGCCACCCUCUAAUUUUAUUUUAAUUGGCCUUUUAUACGAGAAAAGAAAAAGGGAAUUCCUAUAUUAUAAAAACAAAA